UUGAUUUUCCACUUUUCGCGUGGCAGUGUUAGUGAAAUGAGCGUUUGGUUUAUCGUGUUUAAACUCGCGGUGAAAACUUAAUUGUGUGAUUUGUUUUUCGACUGAAUUUGUGGAUAUAUUUAGAUAUUGUCUGACAGUGAUAUAAGCCGAUACCACAAUGAAGAUCGCAGUGCUAACUGCGACGAUCGGCAGCUUUAUGUUGCUGAAUCUCGUGCACUCCAAAAUUGCGCACUUCUGGCACAUCACGGAUUUCCACUACGACCCCCACUAUGCAACGCUGGACUUCAAUAGAAGGCAGUGUCGCAUAACGAUUGAAGAGCGUGGAGGUUUAGGCCAUCACCGAGCUUUUGGUCACCUCGGCGAUUACUCCUGCGAUAGUCCGGUGGAGCUGAUCAAGUCGGCGCUGAAGUUUAUGAGGAACCAGCGUACGGAAAAUUUAGAAUUUGUUCUUUGGACUGGAGACGUUACUUCUUCUCUAUACUCGAAUAAAGAGGAGGAUAAGUACCAGGCAAUUAGAAGUAUGACGGAGCUCCUGCGAAUGACCUUCAGCUCUGACUUCGUUUUCCCUGUGCUUGGUGAUACAGACCCGGAACCUUCCGAAUCCUUAAGGAUUGUAUGGAAUCACUGGCUUCCCUUGGAAGUUUUCGAAACUUUUAACAGUGGGGGUUACUACACAAUAGAGCAGACGAAAAGCAGGCUCCGGAUUAUUGCACUGAACACUAACUUGUUCAAAGUCGAUAAAGAAUACGGCGACGCCGCAAGGGAGCAGUGGGAGUGGCUGGAUGCUGUGCUUAAGAAGGCCACUGAUAAAAAUGAGAUGGUGUUCAUAGUCGGCCACGCGAUGCCGGGGUCCGACAAUUCGUGCUCAUCAGACACUGUUAGCAAGUAUCUUCGGAUUGUGCGCCAACAUGCAGCAAUUAUAGCGGGGCAGUUCUUCGGACAUCUGCACGUCGAUACUUUCAGAGUUAUUUACGACAAAGAUCAACCGGUGUCUUGGGCGUUCCUGGCUCCGUCAGUGAGUCCACGCAAUCCAAAAGGUGCUUCCAACCCAGGCCUCAGACUUUACAAAUUUGAUUCGGUUACUGGGAAGGUGCUGGGCUAUACACAGUACUAUUUGGACCUAGCGCUUGCUAACAAAGCGAAAGCGGAGUGGGUGGCAGAAUACAACUUUACACAGUAUUAUGGACUUCGAGACAUUUCGGCGGAAUCGCUGCACCUUCUCGCGGAGAAAUUGAAAAUCGGCACUACUCAUGAGAAGACUACGUUUAAAAAGUAUUUACGAGCCUACAACGUAAAAUACAACGACGGAAGCAACUGCGACGGUGCGUGCGCUUAUCAACAUUUCUGCGCCAUCACAUGUCUAGAGCAGCUCAUACACGAGGAAUGCGUAGAGGCGGCCAGGAGCGCCCUCGCCGCAGCCGGUCGGGCCAUUGUGCUUGCCGCUCCGCUUGUGAACAUAAUACUCAUCUUUAUCGUAUGUAUUGUUGUGAUUUAAAUAUUUUGUCCUAGAGGAACUGUGAAUUUAAACAUUAAUUAGCGAACUUGAUGAUAUCGAGUUACGAACGCUACAAAUAUAAAUUAAGGAUAGUAGGUAGUAAUUAUUAUUACUAUCAAAAUAGAACCUCAGGGUAAAUGUUUGUGAUAAGACUAAAUUAUUAGCUUUUAUGCUCAGCGUACUU